GUUAGAUAUGCUGUCAAAUGUGUCAGGGGAAAUUUAAAAAAUUGUAAAUAAUAAUGCGAUAUCCAAACAAUCCAAAUUUAUUGAAGUAUAUAAGUUUGUCAAUAGUUGGAACUAGUGCAGGAUGGGUUCUUUACCAAGUGAAGAAAACUCGAGAAAUAUUAGAAACUGCAGUAGACACUUCAGUAUUGAAUUUGAAACCUGUUAUACCCGAAGAAGGGAGUAUGCCCGAGGAGUUCGUUGAUCUGCAAUCCUUUUAUCCCUACAACAAAUCCAACAUUUUCAAAAAUACUUGGGAUUCCCUGAAAUUUGCAUACGCCAGGAGAUUGGUCAGACUAGCCAGUAGCAAAGACAAAACUGACAGAGUAAAAGCUGUCAGACAUCUAGUUAAAAUAAGGAAUCUGAACCAGUGGCACUACUCUCUGCUUGCCAAUAUGAUUGAUUCCAAAACUGCUAUAGGACUAGCGAGAUCCGAUGAUGUUGAUAAACGCUUGCUACUUGAACCGCCGUUGAGAUACCACAACUACAACAGAACUAUGUUGAUAAGUGCUAUGAGGGAGUUUCUGAUCAACCUGCACGAAACUUCGCAGCAUCCCUGUCUGGGGUUCUUUUUGUCAAAGGUGUUUGUUUAUGAACAUGACAAUUCCCACAUAGUGGACAAUGACUCCUCUGCUCUCGAGUUGAGCAAAUUCAUCCAAUCAGAAAGCGACGUCCUGCCGAAAUGUUUAGAGUCUCUUUUGCACCACGCAAGUUUAGAAAAAUACGCCAAAGACAUCGUGAACUUCAAUGGCUUACCGUUGUUGAUGGAAAUUCACCACCGGUAUAAAAACAAUGUGGAUAUCACUAUAAAACUCUGUCAGAUCCUGUCGUUUAUGUCCUUUGACAGGAGUGUCCUGGAACCGAUGCAUAAAUCAGGUUGGAUCGGCAUUUUAUCGGAGUGGAUGAAACAUGCCGAUGUAAGAGUUUCCAUACCGGCAGCAAGAGCUCUAGCGAAUUUAGAUUCAGAUAACGAGCACUUGUACUCCAGGCGACUAUAUUUAUUACAUCCCAUGAGGAGAACCCUCACUGACCAGAAUAUAGAUGUCGUCUUCAUACAUGGAUUACUGGGAGGCGUAUUCUACACGUGGAGGCAAAGAAACAAAAGUCAGAACAUUCUCAGUAUCAUCGGUAAGAAAGAGAAAAAAGAUAGUUUACAGUUGAAUUCCCAGCUUCCGAAAGAUAGCGGCCAGAAAUUCCCGCUGAAAUUCUUCAGGAACAUGAAGGAGAACCCCGAGUCUGAAGAGUUGUGCAAGGACUACGAAAUCGUCUGGGACGAUAUUCCGAUCAACACAAAUUUCGGAGCGGAGGGACCUUACACUUGUCCCGGAUUCACUUACGAAACUAAACAAGACAAAACUGGCUGCUACACGUACUGCUGGCCGAAAGACUGGUUACCAGAAGACUGCCGUAAUAUAAGAGUGAUAGGUAUCAACUAUGAGACAAGCUUAUCAAUGUGGGCAUCGAUUUGCCCCACAGAAAAAGUGAAGUUCACUCUGGAGGAACGUAGCGAUGACCUUCUGAAGAAGUUGCUGGAUGCCGGACUAGGGCAGCGGCCUAUCGUUUGGGUGACGCAUUCUAUGGGGGGUUUAAUCGUUAAAAAUAUCUUAUCCAAAGCGUUCGAUUGUGAUAAUCUUGCCGUAAAAAAUGUUUGUUUGAAUACCAGGGGUAUAGUAUUCUACAGCACCCCCCACAAUGGAUCAAGAUUGGCGAAUUUGAGUCAGGCUACUGCCCUACUGCUCUGGCCAUCGGUAGAAGUUCGUGAACUUCGAGAAAAUUCUCCGCAGCUCAGAAAAAUUCACGAAAAAUUUCUCAAAAUCGUUCAAGCGGUGCCAAUGAAAAUAGUCACAUUCGUUGAAACAAAAUCUACUGUGGUGACAGCUAUGAAGUUGAAUUUUUUAUUAGUGGAACCAAAUUCUGGCAAUCCUGGUGUUGGUGAAUAUUACGAAGUUCCCCAGGAUCAUCUCGGAAUUUGUAAACCUCUAACAAAGUAUUCAUUCCUGUACCAAAAAGUACUUCACAUACUGAAAGACGUACUGAAAGAAAAUGAAACAUGAAAAAAUAUGACUGUAGAUUGAAAUUAAAUCUUUUUUGUUUACUUUGUA